GUCCUCACGGCCGCCGCUCCCGCCGCCGCCGCCGCCGCUCCCACAAUGCUCGUCUAGCCCCGAGCCCUCGGCGGCGGCGACGACGGCGGCGGCGGCUCCAAGAUGGCGCAGACAAUCUUCGAGGCGCUGGAAGGAAUAGAUAACCAGACUGUUCUGGCAGUUCAGUCACUAUGGGAUGGUCAAGGGGCAGUUCCUGACCCAACUGCUCAGAGUGUCAACACACCCACCACCAUCCAGUCCUUGGAUGAUGAAGAUGUCUUUCUCUGUGGGAAGUGUAAAAAGCAAUUCAACUCGUUACCAGCAUUCAUGACCCACAAGCGGGAGCAGUGUCAGGGGAGUGCACCUGCACUGGCUGCUGUCUCCCUGGCUACCAAUAGCAUCUAUGCACCCUCUGUCACAUCUGUGCAGCAGCCUCCCCCAGCCAAUCGCCAGCAGAUCUCUACAUACAUCACAGUGCCCCCAUCCCCUCUGAUCCAGACUCUGGUACAAGGGAACAUUCUGGUGAGUGACGAAGUGCUGAUGUCAGCCAUGUCAGCCUUUACAUCACUGGAUCAACCGAUGCCCCCCGUGCAGCCUCCUGUGCAGAGUGGCCUGAGUAUGCACUCAGGGCCUGGCUACCUCCCUCAGCACCCCCCACCUCCUCCACCACCUCCACCAUUGCCCCCUCCCCCUCCCCCACAACCCCCUCCUCCCCCUCCUCCUCCUCCACAGACCCUGGGGGCUCCAGGACGUCCCAACACGGGGAGUGGUGGAGUGGUUGAGGUCUACAAUGCCAAUGCCCCCCUGGCAGGAAGCAGUGUGGUGGAGAUCCAAGCUCUGGGCAUGCAGCCCUAUCCCCCUAUAGAGGUACCAAACCAGUGUGUGGAGAAUCCCGUAUACCCCAGCCCUCCUGUGUAUAGUCCUGGGAAACAGGGCUUCAAGCCCAAGGGACCGACUCCAGCUGCCCCCUUGGCCAACCCCACUGGCAAUGACGUAGCUGCUUUCAAUUCUCCCUCCACAUUGAAGGCCCGGCGCCCCAAAAGUGAUGGCGGGCUCCAGGAAGGGAAACCCAAGUGCCAGAAACUCAAGUGUACCUACUGCAACAAGACAUUCACCAAGAACUUUGACCUGCAGCAGCACAUCCGAAGUCACACAGGGGAGAAGCCCUUCCAAUGCAUUGUCUGUGGCCGGGCCUUUGCACAGAAGUCAAAUGUCAAGAAGCACAUGCAGACCCACAAGGUGUGGCCCCCAGGGCAUGGGUGCACCAUCUCCAGGAACUCAGUGACUGUUCAGGUCAUGGCCCUGAACCCCACCCAGCAGGAGAAUGAGGAGGACCCAGGGAUUAGCCAGCCCCCCAGGAGUGUUCCCCAGCCACAGGUCUUGGCUUCAGCCCACGAAAGCGAGGCAGGAAAACUGGAAGCCAAGCAGGUGGUCCUCAUCGACAGCUCUUACCAGUGUCAGUUCUGUCCAAACAAGUUCAGUACAUACUUCCAGCUCAAGUCACACAUGACCCAGCACAAGAAUGAGCAGGUAUAUAAGUGUGUCGUGAAGACCUGCGCCCAGACCUUCCAGAAGCUGGACAUGUUCCUGGAGCAUAUCAAGAGUCACCAGGAGGAGCUGAGCUACCGCUGUCACCUGUGCAGCAAGGACUUCCCCUCCCUAUAUGAGCUGGGUGUGCACCAGUACUCCCACAGCCUCCUGCCUCAGCACAGCCCCAAGAGAGACGUCACAGUCUACAAGUGUGUCAAAUGUGUCAAUAAAUACUCUACCCCUGAAGCCCUGGAGCACCACCUCCAGACGGCAACUCACAACUUCCCCUGUCCACACUGCCAGAAGGUGUUCCCCUGUGAGCGGUACCUCCGACGUCAUCUGCCCACCCAUGGCAGUGGGGGCAAGUUUAAGUGCCAGAUAUGUAAGAAGUUCUUCCGGAGGGAGCACUACCUCAAGCUGCAUGCCCACAUCCAUUCUGGUGAAAAGCCCUUUAAAUGCUCUUUAUGUGACUCGGCCUUUAACCGGAAGGACAAGUUGAAGCGACACAUGUUGAUCCAUGAGCCAACCAAGAAAUAUACAUGCCCCUUCUCGACGCAUACAGGCUGCAGUAAGGAGUUCAAUCGGCCAGACAAGCUGAAGGCUCACAUCCUUUCCCAUUCGGGGAUGAAGAUACACAGCUGCCAAUUCUGCAGCAAGUGCUUUAGCCGCCGGGCCCAUCUUGUGGAGCACCAGCGCUCCCACACCGACAACUACAAAUACCGCUGCUCUAGCUGUGGCAAGGGUUUCACGAGGAACAAGUACCUGAAGGAGCACCGCUGCCGCCCGGGCCCACUCAAAGACAAGGACCCACAGGCCCGCCGACCCCAGAAGCAGCGCGGGGCUCGAGGUCGCAAAGUGGCCCUGCCUGACCCGUUGGGCCUGGAGGAACUCAAGGGCAAUGCUGAGGGGGCUGAGGGAGGCAGCUCUGGCAAAGAUGCCUUCCCAGAGUCAGAUGCAGUACUGUCUAUUGUGGUGGGAAGCUCAGUGGGUGGGGAUCCCGAGCUGGUGGUGCCCGGGCACUCGGACAGUAUGGGCCCCAACCUGACCCUGGCAGGACUACAGUCUGGAGCUGAGGGUCCCUGUGCCAUGCUGGCUGUCCCUGUGUAUAUUCAGACCACUGAGUGACAAGGGGGGAGCACAUGGCUGAACCUGGGUUUACUGGUAGCUGCUGCUAUUGGGUGGCACUGUAGGCACCCCUACUGAGGCACAGGAAGGAGGAACCCUUCUCAGGCUUCUUCCCUGCCCUGAUCGAGGACAGGGAGGACAACAGUACACUGGGGCCUGUAAAGGCUAGGGAGCACCCCCUUGUGCAAACAGGGUGAACCCCAGGCACUGCCCAGGGCCGGCCAUGGGGCUGCCCUUGGGCCUGGUCCUGCCCUGGGAGGCUCAGGAGACGGGGCCUGAUGUGUGUUGGGCUUGGGCUUGUGAUCCAGUCAGCAUGCCUGGUAUUUGGGCACAUGGCCUUUGUGAGGGCAGACCAAUGAUCCUUCCUACUGGAAGCAAGUCAAUACCUCACAUCCUCUGUGCUAGCCAAGGCCUAGGAGAGGUUUUAGGACACUGUCAUCUUCUUUGACUACAGUUCUCUCAUAAUCUACCAGCCCUUGGGGCAGGAUGGGUUGGGAAAGGGGCAUGAGGAGAUGGGGGACAUUGGGAUAGAAAGCAUGGAUGGAGCCUGGAGCCUACCAAGGUCUGCAGGCCAGUGACUCAUCUUACCUCCUCCUGCCAUCAGACGUGCUAUGGGAUGAAGUGUGAACAUGAGGACAGUCAGGGAGGAGCGAUUGGUUAGCCUGCUGUCCUCCCUCUGAGUGAAAUAAGGCAGAACUAAGGCUAAACCUGAGACUACUGGGCAAGGAGAUUAGGGGCUGGGGGUGUGUGUGAGAAAACCCAGUCACAGCAGCCUGUGGAACCCCUGUGGUCACAAACCUAUUCCCCAUGCCCUCCCACCAUCAUGACAUGAGGAGAAGCUCUGGCUGUAAAGGUGACGAUUCCACAAGAUCUGGUUAGUCCUGGGCCCAAGUAUACUGGAAGGGCUGAGGAGGCAGGCCCAGAUUUCUUUUCUGAGGGUGCUGGGGGUGAGGGGAAAAGAAGGACUUGGAGAUCAGAAUCCAGAGGGUAGAGGUAAAGUCCUUGUCCCCUCACAGUCUCUUAUCAAGUUCUCUCUAUUUCAUCUUCCCCAGUACUCACCCUGCAGCUGGGCUUGUAGCUAACUCAGGGUCCCAAGAGGGGCUUCUGCAAAGCACAUGUUUCUGAAUGGAGUAAGACAAGGGGUCAGUAGUCCUUGUAGGGUGUUCUUCAGUGGAAUAAAUGCUGUUUCAUGAUGGAAA